AUGGAGGGCGGUGUCAAGUGCAGGCCCACGUCUGCUGGGGUGGUCUUAAGUCUCCGUCCAGCGGAAAAUGAACAAAAGUAUUAUCAACCCCAGUGCAAUGGCGAGCUUAUAUCUUGCUCAAGCAGUGCAUGUUCCGUUGUAGUAAGCAAUGAACAAAUGAAUGUUGAUGAUGACUCGUCAGCAGCUGAUGCUGAAGUCAGCACCUUUACAAGUGAAACUGUUAACCUUAGGAAUAGGCAUGGGGAAGACCCCAGGAUCCCAGUGGAAAGGCCGAUGUCUUGGGAGGGCGAGCUGUCUGACUCGGAGGUUGCUACAAUCAAACCGGAGCCAGAAGAUGUGGCUGAUACGAUAGACAAUCAAAAUUCCAGUAAGGGCAACCAAACGAAAGGGGAUAGUGAAGUGCCUCAGCCUUUGAAACUGAACAACGAGACAAUCAAUGAAAAAGUUUUGGACCAAACAAGGACAAAUCAUAUUAAUGCUCAUACUGAGCUUCCUCUCCUAGUGGAUAAGAUUUUGAGUAGCGGUAACUAUCUGAAAGGAGCCGGUCCCACGCCGAGCCCCGACUCUGCCGUAUACUCCUGCUACUCUCCGACAGCUAGCCCUGUUACCUCCCGCCAUAUCUUGUCUUCCUCCUCCGGGAUAUCAUCUCCAUUCACCCCAUCUUUAUCGAGAAACAACAGCGAUGCAUCACAGUAUGGUGGUUCUCAACAUUCAUCAUGCUACAGUCACAGUUACUCAUCAGUAUCAGUGUCUCCGACCCAGUUCUCUCCAACUCACUCUCCGAUCCAGGGUAGGCACAUCCCAAGGCCUGGCUUUCCCUCGCCUGUCCUCAACUCCAGGAGUGUCCAUGACUAUUCCAUUCAAGAUGAUGGAGGUGUUCUUGAAGAUAAAUUCUCAUCAUUGACUGCUGAUAUGGUGCAGCAUUCUGCUGGUCUUGCUUCGCCAGGAAUCAGCAGGCAGCAACUUAUAAACAGUCCUUGCCCUAUUUGUGGAGAUAAAAUCUCAGGAUUCCAUUACGGCAUUUUUUCCUGUGAGAGCUGUAAAGGGUUCUUCAAAAGAACUGUACAGAACAGGAAAAAUUAUGUCUGCCUCAGAGGAUCCUCUUGUCCUGUGACUAUUGCGACAAGAAAGAAGUGUCCAGCCUGUAGGUUCGACAAGUGCUUAAACAUGGGCAUGAAGUUGGAAGCAAUCAGGGAAGAUCGGACACGAGGUGGGAGGAGUACUUACCAAUGUUCGUACACCGUCCCGGCCGGGCUUGUCGAUCAAAAGUGUGAUUUGAGGCAAGAACACACUCAGCCAACGUCACUCAUUCCUCCUCUCCUCCAGGAAAUUAUGGAAGUGGAACACCUUUGGCAGUACAACGAGGGGGAAACGAGAGGGGGCGGACGAGGAGGCCCUCAGAGUAGUGGAGGUGGCAACUCGACCGAUCUCAUGGCCAACCUGUGCAAUAUCGCUGACCAUCGCCUCUAUAAGAUAGUCAAGUGGUGCAAGUCGCUUCCGCUCUUCAAGAACAUAUCUAUCGAUGACCAGACUUCACUCCUCAUCAACGCCUGGUGCGAACUUCUUCUGUUCUCGUGCUGCUUCAGGUCGAUGAGCUCCCCGGGUGAGAUAAGGGUGUCCCUCGGCAAGUGCAUCACGCUGCCCGAAGCCAGGACCCUUGGCCUCGGCCCACCAAUCGAACGGAUGCUGAACUUCACGGAGCACCUGAGGCGGCUGAGAGUCGACCGCUAUGAAUAUGUUGCUAUGAAGGUCAUUGUCCUCUUGUCCUCUGAUACAAGCGAAUUAAGGGAACCAGAGAAGGUAAGAGCUUCGCAGGAAAAAGCGCUGCAAGCACUGCAGCAUUACACUCUCGCCCAUUAUCCAGACAUUCCGUCCAAGUUCGGAGAACUACUUCUUAGGAUACCAGACCUACAAAGAACCUGUCAGGUUGGUAAAGAAAUGCUUUCCAUCAAAAGCAAGGAGGGAGAAGGACCCAGUUUCAAUCUGCUCAUGGAACUGUUGAGGGGUGACCACUGA